AUGUCGGACAUCGGUGACUGUAUUGGGGAGAUGAAUGCGGAAUGGAUUUCAGAACAACUCGUGGACUUUGGUUAUUCCUUCGAUGAGACGGAUGAAGAGUUCGUAUCAAAAAUGAAUUUAUUGUCGCAAACUUAUAUCUUAACGGCAGAUGACCUCAUUAGCGAUGUAAUUGCCUUCGCCACAAAUGCUAAGCGUUCCUGCCUAGAUCUUUUAUUUCUUGAACUGUAUGAGAAAUCGGUGUUGGCCAAAAGAACUAUUCGAACUGAGAAUGAUCCAUCUCAUUCUGUGUCGCAAUCAACAAGGACUGUUCUUGGAGAGAAGAAGAUUGUUUUUGAAAGGGAUGAUAGCCCUGAAAUGGAUGCGUCGUCUUAUGUCAGAGAACUUGAGGCAGAUACAACUUUAGAUGAAAAAUAUUUGAAGUUCACUCCUGACAGAACUGCUGUUUCAAGCGUAGCUUACCAAAAGAGAAAGAAUAAAGGAAAAGUGGUGUUGGGUCACCGUGGGAAGCAUUUUUUACACGACGCAAGACAGAAGAAUGAGGUGAAGAAAAUUUCAGUCGAGUUAUGCACUCCUACUAGUCUUAGUUCUUCAUUUUCUAAUUACGGGUCUGAGAAGGUCAUGGAUAGAAUAGAGGAAAUUUGUUGUAGUAUAGAAUUGUUGAGCAACGAAAUCGCCAAGAAUAACGAAGGUCUCUCAUUCCAGCCGGUCGACACCGUCUCUUCAGAACCUUUCACUAUAUGUGGCCAGAUUUUCGAUGAAAGCGGCGACCGUCUAACCUCUUCUACCUGUAGCAUUCAAACUUUGGACGAGAAUGUUUCGUCUGCUAGUGUUGAUCUUUCAAAGCUAUCUUCCUAUUCGCUUUUUCCAGGAAAGGUAGUGGCUAUGAAAGGUACUAAUAAAUUGGGUUGUUCGUUUACACCAACGGAAAUAUUUGAACCUCCAUUGAUGUCUAGGGCCACUCUAAAUUCACAGCGAGGAAUUGAUAACCUUUCUCUCUGGUGCGCAGCAGGACCGUUUACAUCUGCGGACUCUUUAUCGUACGAACAAUUGUAUGAUCUUCUAGAAUUAGCAAAUAAACAGUCUCCAGACGUCCUUAUCUUAAUGGGUCCAUUCAUUGAUAGAACUUCCAAAGCAGCACGAUCGCCCACUCUCACGCGAACAUUUACAGAAACCUUCGAAAGCCUUUUGGCUAAUACAUGCGAAGUCUUGGAACAAUCAAACACAAGGCUAAUACUUCUUCCGAGCAGAAAGGAUGCUGUAUCUUUGCCAUUCUAUCCAGUUGCUCCAUUUGAAGUCGGCAAAGAGUGCAAAAAGGUUUUGCGGGAGGACGUGGUGUUUCCACCUGACCCUGCCGUGCUGAAAAUUGCUGGGAUUGAAUUUGCGAUUUCUACUUCUGAAAUUCUUCAGUAUUUGGGCCGCGAGGAAAUACAUUUUUCUGAAAACAGUGAAAAUGAAGAUCGAAUAGCUCGACUGUUUAGCCAUUUGAUAAGACAAAGAUCUCUGUAUCCAUUAUAUCCGCCUCCACACGACGUUGCUCAAUCUACUCCCAAGUCGAUUAAGGCUUCAAAACUUUCAAACAUUCCUCAUAUAAUGAUCUUGUCUUCUAUGUUGGCUCCGAUGAUUAAGGUAGUUGAUGGAUGUUUAUGCGUCAAUAUAAACUCGCUGGCUCGCGGAGCUUACAUGAAGCUAGAUAUUGAUCUCAAGACGCUUGAAGACGAGGAAACUGGAAAGAGUUUAGAUGAGUGUUGCGACUUGAAGGUCGUUAGAUUGUAG